UGCCUACCAACCCGAGGGAAGAGAGAGAGAUGAGAGACGACGCCGUGGAUGUUGUCCUUCGCGACGUGGAAUCGCCCUAUGCCACCAAACUCCGGUUCCCUCACGUCCUUCAGUUUGACGAGCUGCGUCGCCGUGUAUCUAACAUUCGCUGCCUCCCGGCCGACUGCUUCACCCUUACCCUGCGAGAGAAGACCCUUUGCGACCAAGCAGAUGUCAAACUCCGUGAUGGGGAUGUUCUAAUAAUAAAUCUGGUACCUACCAAUGACAAUGACAACGAUGAAGAUGAUGACAACGAUUUUGAUGAGAAACAACUUAACUAUAAUCCUUGGUCUGGCUUGAGUGACGAGGAGGUUGAAUGGCGCCUGGGUCAGCGCAAUAGGGUACAUCAACGUAUGCAGAAGGCCAUGAGGGAGUUGAGGAUCCAGGCACUGGCGAUGCGCCAGCCCUUUCAGAAUGACCCUCAUGCCCUCUGUUUGUGGGAUGAGUACACAGAUUAUAUUGAAGAAACAUUUGCCCGAAGCCUUGAGUACAAGCUCUCAUGCCCAAUGGAGACUCCGAACUCUGUUUUAUAUGAUCAUUUAAUGAAGAAAAAGGCUCAUCCCAAACCUUCAGCAAUGGUUUUUGGAUUGCCAUCCCUGUUCAAACAAGUUACAAUGAAAAACGUUGCAUCAAGAACUGGAGCAAGAAUUGCUGGUGUUGCUGCCGUGUUUGCUGCCGCAAUGGUUUUUGGGUUGCCAUCCCUUUCCCGGAAGCCACAAAGGACACCGUAAACUUAGUGUAUGUGGAUCAUGUCUGUGUUGUAUGCAUUUUUAUGAUCAUUUAACGAUGGAAAAGAUCCAUAU